AUGGCACCUCCUCAACCGAGUCUCAAUCCUCCCAUGGUUCUUCCUUCGCUGCCCAAGCCAGCGGAGUUGAAAUUGGCUGCAAAAUCUGUUUCGGAUUCCAUGGUCGCAGCAGCAGGACGAGGACCUAGGCAUGCACCAGCUGUCUUCUUUGUUGUUGUAGUCCUAGGAUUGGUAUCGUGGUAUGUGAGGAGGGUCAGAGGUCAAAAGGCAUCGAAGAAUUACGUGGACGUGGGGAGGCAGUGGUCAACAAUGACAACAAAGCAGAAAAUGCGAUCGGAUUGA